CGCGCGCCUUGGCCAAUGGAAGCAUAUCCUCCCUGCAGUGCGCAAGAGCGCAAUUUGGGAUUUAACCAAGUCUGUGCUGAGGGGCUGGCUGUAGUAUUCGACAGAGUCCGUCGGUGUGCGAACACACAAUGGUAGGUUAGUCCUCAAGAUCUUUUGAGAUAGACUAUUUACCGCACCUCGAAGUUUUGAUACGAAUUAUGACUGGAGUAUUCGACCGAAGGAUUCAGAGUAUUAAGACGACAGACUUCCAGAACCCUUUUCAGAUUUCCGCCAUGCACCACCCGUCUCAGGAAUCUCCUACACUGCCUGAGUCCACGGCCACGGAUUCUGGCUAUUACAGCCCCGCCGGCGGAGUUCCCCACGGGUAUUGUUCGCCUAAUUCAACUUCUUAUGGGAAACCUCUCAAUGCUUAUCAGUACCAGUACCACGGUGUCAACGGUUCUGCUGGAAACUACCCUGCAAAAUCCUAUCCAGACUACAGUUCCUACACAAGCUCUGCGUAUCACCAGUAUGCAGGAACCUACAGCAGAGUACAGCCACAAGCAAGUCCGCAAGAAAAGGAAGAGGCAGAGCCAGAAGUGAGGAUGGUGAAUGGAAAACCUAAGAAAGUCCGUAAACCGCGAACCAUCUACUCCAGUUUCCAGUUGGCCGCUCUGCAGCGAAGAUUUCAGAACACACAAUACCUCGCGCUGCCAGAAAGAGCUGAGCUCGCCGCGUCCUUAGGACUCACGCAAACACAGGUUAAAAUCUGGUUCCAAAACAAAAGGUCAAAACUGAAGAAAAUCAUGAAGAACGGCGAGUUACCACCAGACCACAGCCCCAGCUCCAGCGACCCCAUGGCCUGCAACUCUCCGCAGUCCCCCGCCGUGUGGGACACGCAAGGCCCGUCCAGGCCGCACACACAUCAGCCACAGAACAUCAACACGGUGGCAUCUAGCUUUUUGGAAAACUCCGCUUCUUGGUAUUCCUCCACGGCCGGCUCCAUGAAUUCCCAUCUUCAAAACCCCAACUCGUUACAGCACUCAUUGGCUCUUGGAGCGGGGACGUUAUAUUGAAACCUGCAUUUAAAAAAAAAAAAAAAUUGUAUGGGACUCGUGUUUAAAUUUCAGAGGAAUAUGCAAUGUAAUUGAUGACAGUCAUAGAAGAAACGUGUAUAAUGUGUAAAUGUGUGCAUGUAAUUUAUUGCAUUUUGGAAGACUAUUAAACGUUUUAAAUGGACUCUGUCAA